AUCAUAACAAAACGUUUUUAAUUCCUCUCAUAACAAGAUAUAAUUGUGUAAAAAUAGUUUUUACAAGAAGGACCAAAUUUUAAAAUGCAGUCAAGCAAAGCCUUUUUAAAGAGUUUUAUUCCCGUAAAGAUCUACCAGUCGGCCAGUUCUUUAUAUAUGACCUGCAUAUCGAAGCUACCACGGAACUCUUUUCAGCCGGCGUGUGAUCAUAGUUUAGUGAUCGAACAGACCUUGGUUUCAGCCGUCGAUGAGAAACUUUGUCCCUUGGAAUAUGCAAAAAGGCAGCGUGAAGCCCGUGAGAUUCUUCUUAAGUCGCAAGAGAAUCGUUAUCUGCAGAUGUGCCAAAGCCAGAAUUCCGCGGACCAGGAUGGUGUUCUAACUGAUGAAGAUGAUGAUGAGGAUGGCAGAGAGCCAGUGCGUCUAAAAUCAGAGAUUUUGCUCACGGAAUACCGGAGGCUGUACGAAGAACCCUCCAAAACGGCAAUAAUGGACACACUACCCUUGAAAGAGAUCAAACAAUACAUGUCGCUGGCACUGAGUCUUUGCCUCGUGGCCGGCAGUGUGUUUAUUUUGGUCGAGUGCGGCAACCAUAACUAUUUCCUAUGACCGAUUACCAAGAUAUAAAGACAUAUUGAACUGCGGCGAACACGACGAGCACAACAAAACGGCGAAUCAAAUAAAUCAUAUAAAGACCGGGAAAAUUGAGGAAAUGCCGCUUAUGUAAAGUAGAAUAUCCGCUGGCAGGCGAACGGAAGGCGAGGUGCGAAAACAAUAAAAACGGACGGAAGUGGACAGGGACGGAAACCGACGACGGUUCCGUCGAUCGUUAUACUGUUUUCCGACCAAUGCCGCA